AGCGCGCGGUAGUGCCAUUGGAGUGAGUCAUCGCGCGGAAAGGGUGGUCGCGGGAGCGAGCAGGAGGACCGGAGCGAGGGAGCGCGCAUCUACUGAGUGGAAGGAGGCAGCACUGCCGCUCCUGUGAGUCACAUCUACAAAAAAAACUGGAGAAAAACAGGAGGAGAACUGCGCUGAGUUUCAUUUACUGAAAGUAGGUGAAAUAAGAGACUUCUUACAACUUGUGUUAGUCACUCUAGCUUGGCUUACAGCGCUGGAAACAUCUUUACUUUUUUUUUAUUUCAUUUUUAUUUUUUCUACAAAAACCUGUUUACUGGACUAUAUGAACUCUUUCUUGCACGCCUGCUGCUCUCUUUUAUUUUUAUUUUAUUUUUCUCUCUAUUAUAACAGUAUAACAAAAAAUAAUAAUAAUACAGAAAGAAAACUGUACAUCCGGACAUUUAACCCUCUCUAAGCCUGAUUUUUCUUCUGAUUUUGUUCAUAUUAGGCUAUUAUUUCUCACAACACACACAUAUAUAUAUAUAGAGAGAGAAAUAUAUAAUUAUAUAGUAUAUUAGCUCACUCCAAGGAAACCCCAGCUGUGGGUUGUCUUUAAGAACCAAAAAAAACAACAUUUUUUUUCUCCUUUUCGGCUUUGGAAGUGCAAAGAAGACACUCUUCUGACUGAAAACGUGUGGGAGAACUCUACAAACCUGUGAAUUUUUUUCUUUCUGUAUUUUUUCUUUUGCUGGAUCAUGUACCAGGAGUACUCCGGGAGCAGCAGCAGCGCCUCCCCGGGCCAGCAGGACUCCUACCCCAACGGGAGCCCCCUCUCAGCCUCCAGCUACCAGAAGUACAGAGUCGACAUGCCUGGCUCAAGCAGUGCCUUUAUUCCCACCAUCAACGCCAUAACCACCAGCCAGGACCUGCAGUGGAUGGUCCAGCCCACAGUCAUCACCUCCAUGUCCAACCCGUACACACGCUCACACCCGUACGGCCUGCCCGUGUCCAGCGGCCCCGGCCUGCUCAGCCACUCGGCUCUCGCCAGACCCGGGGUCAUCCGGUCUAUCGGGGACGCGCGGGGACGACGCAAGAGAGAUGAGCAGCUGACGCCAGAGGAAGAGGAGAAGAGGAGGGUGAGACGAGAGAGGAACAAGCUGGCAGCUGCUAAGUGCCGAAAUCGCAGGAGAGAGCUGACCGAGAUGCUGCAGGGGGAAACUGAGAAGCUGGAGGAGGAAAAGGCUGAUUUGCAGAAAGAGAUCGAGACGCUGCAGAAGGAGAAGGACAAGCUGGAGUUCAUGCUGGUGGCCCACAACCCGGUGUGCAAGCUGCCUCCGGACGAACGCCACCACAGCUCGCUUCCCCAGCAAUGCGCCCCUCUCCCGCUGACCAUGCGCUCUGGCCUCACCCACCGCUCCCUCAACCCGGUGGUGGUAAAGCUGGAGCCCAUGGAGGACGACGACGAUGAAGACGAGGGCAAGAGCCAGCACUCCGUAAUCAAGCCCAUCUGCCUGGGCGGUGGCAUUUACUGCUCCGACGGCGACAGCCUCAACACCCCAGUAGUGGGAGCAUCCACCCCAGUAUCCACCCCCGGCAACCCCAGCCUCAUCUUCACCUACCCCAGCAUACUGGAGCCUGAGAGCCCGUCGCCCUCGUCGGAGUCGUGCUCCAAAGCCCACCGGCGCAGCAGCAGCAGCGGAGACCAAUCGUCAGACUCGCUCAACUCGCCCACUCUCCUGGCUCUCUGAGACCCUCGGAGCUCCUCAGCACCAAGCACUCUCGUUCAAUCUCCAGCCGGGAAGUCCCAGGACCCUCCUAGGACCAUCCCAGGACCUCAUCUCUACAAAGCCGAGAACCCUCAAGGGCUAAUUUGCUCGUUUUUAUUUAAAACGUCUCAGAAGGGAGUCUUUUUUGAUGUUCUUAUGUUCUUGUUUUGUUUUUAUGUGUUUGUGAAAAUCAGAAGUUUUCACCCACUCGUCAUUUCAACGACAAAGAACAACGGCAUCUUGGCUGGACUAAGAAAAACACAAUUGAGACUUAACAGAAGAACGAAAGGGGAAACUUUUGAUUUUCCUCUGAGAAUCGUCUGAUUUUCACUCAUGCUUGCUGCUGAUCUGUCACAAGCGCUCUAUGAAACCAUCUGACCAUUUGACGGUGGUUGGGAAAGUGUUUUUUCAUUUUUUCAUUGCUUGAGAGAAGAUCAGGACUUUAAAAGGGAUUGGCAAGGGAUGCAUCCCGUGAUAGAAGGCGGGGCAUGCGUCCCAGUUCGGUACAGUGUGGGAUCGGACACUACAGAGUUAGUCGGACGUCCUCCUCGAAACCAGCUUGACGUACAUUUAAGUACAUUACAUUGACUGCCCUUUGUAUUUAUGACCUGUGUGAAUAUUGUCCAGUUGUAUAUUGUGUCCUGCUGUUUUACGAAACCGUGCGUGUCAAUCAAGGGUUCACUGGAUGAGCCUGAAAUUCCUCAGCGUCUCAAAGACGGAGAGAGAAAGAAAUGAACAUGUAUUAUUAAUGGCUGACCUCUUACCUGACUAUACCUGGCAGAAGAUCCAUGGUAAUGUUGCAGACUUUUACAUUAUUUUUGCUAUUGUAUAUUAAAAAGAAAAAAACAAAGAAGAAAAAAAUAACACUUCACUGAAUUUUUUUGUCAGGGAUUUUUGUGUCUGUGUGAGUGAGCCACACAAGCAUUACUAAAGAAAAAAAAAAACACAAAGCAAUUGCACACAGCGUACAAAACAUGUCAGAACACAGGGGUAUCUACCUGAGGACGAACUAGCCAUACCUAGCCAUAUUAGGUCCAGGCCUCCAACCCUUUACAAGGCAAUACUGCUUUUUAUUGGGCAGACACUGUGGUAUUCAAAUAAUGAGGAAAAAAAAUCAAUGACUAUGUGUUACUUUUCUUAUACUUUUCUAACUUACGGCUCCGUUUGAUAGCUCAAUAGCUGCCAUGUUUUUGAAAUAGAGUUUGAAAGUGAAAACGUACAUGAAAGCGAGUUAUUAGGACUAAGCCAAAUCAAUGGGCACGUCUCCCUCAAACGACGCAGGACGAGUCUUGAAUGCCAGACCAGCCCAGACCAUGGGACCAGAUGCACUUUGUUACUGAAAUCCUUAAAAAACAAUCACUUUCCAGAAAGCAUAAAGAAUUGACCUGAGCUCAACUGAUGUAUGGCAGCGUAGGCUGAGACUCAACAUCGACCAGAUGCAGCUCCCAUUGAUUCUUAUAUUAUACUUGCCAGUCGGGUGAUGGCACAUUUAACUCGAGCUUAUACUUGACAGCCAGAGCAUUGGCAUAUGUGGGUUGGGCCGAUUGGCGUAUUACACUCAGCAGCCGGAGUGUCGGCACAUCAGCCAGGCCGGAUGUGAGCUGAGCAUUUGGUCAGAUUCUCAGAAUGUGGUGGUCAGAGUGAUAUUUUUUGAUAUCUGGUUUAAAAGUCGAGCAUACAGUUGAGCAUACAGUCAAGCACCAACACUGAGACACUGCUAAUUUCUUAUCCCGACACCGGGUGUGAAGUUGUGACGAAUAUAUAUAUAUAUAUAUAUAUAUAUAUAUAUAUAUAUAUAUAUAUAUAUAUAAUACUUGCAAUAUUUCAGAAAAAAAAAAUGUUUACUUCAAAAACAUUCCUUUGGGAAGCAGACGGGACGGUGUGGAGGACUCAUUUUUCAUUUUGUCAUUCUGUCAUUUCGUCAUCUCGUCAUCUCUGCCAAGCUGAAGGGAUCAGCUGAUCAGUUAACCAGCUGUGUCUUCUGGCAUAGAUUUGAAGAAAUAUUAUUUGAAUUUUUUCUCAUUUUUAUUUAUGUUGGGAUUUUUUUUGGGAAAGGCCACUAAGGAUUUCUUUUACUUUAAUCAAUGGAAGAGUGAAUUAAGUUGUGGAGAAAAAUCAAUCAAUCAAUUCAAUUUAAUACCAAAAAAGAAAGUGUUUGACAACUUUCUGAGUUGUUUUGAGUUUUAACCAACCAGUCUGUCUGUCAGUCAAUCAGUCAGUCAGUCUUUGGGACCCUAUAGAUCUCUAUGAGCUACAAGCCAUCUGUAAACCCUCUGUACAUGUCCUGCUUUCCGAGCAAUCUUUUUUCCUCUUUUUUAACUGCUUUAACUGUUUUAAAGACAGAAAACCACAACAAAAACAGCAAUAUGUAUGUCAGUGUUUGUUCCUUUGGUUAUUUAAAUGGAUUAUUCUAAUAAUAAUAAAAAAAUGCAAUGGUAUUCUUGAUAGUUGUACUUUUGCUUGUCCACUGAGUUUGAUUAUGUUGGUGGGUAUCUCAUGAUUGUUAGAGUUCGCUACUUACUUCUUUGUUUUUCUUAAGUCAGUCUAUACUUGGCUGAAUGCACCUCUCUCAUCCAUCGGUGAGCCACUCGACUACUCGCUACUCGCAGUUUCCUGUAGGCAAUAACACUGCGCCAUCAUCCAUAGUGCCUCUAUUGUCAGUGAUUUUGACAUAUAGUUGUAUGCAAACCUGCACUACUUACUCUCCAGAGAAAUUGGCAAUAGAUAGUGUGUCACUGGUAAUAAGCAACAUUGCCAUUUUUUGUCCAGAAAUGCUUUAUUCACAGCCAUAAACAGUCUACAGGGCUUAUUAUAUCAAACUAUCUACAUGAUUUAGCCAUAUGGUUUUGGCCAAAGACACAAUAAGAGCCAUCAAUGACCAAAAGCAUUGUGGAUAUAUUUAAACAUUCAUUUAAUUUAAGAAAAAAUCAAUUUGAUAAAAUGAUGCACGAACACACAGACUUAAAGCACAUGGUUCUAAACUUCUGGCUCAUUCUCAAUACGUAGAGAUUUAAAAAAGUUUCCUGAAGCAGAACUAGGCGGUGGGCACGGUGCAUUUGGUACCCGAUAUCAUGUCUCUUUUCUGAACAUGACUGGAUAACGCAGUAUUUCACAUGAUCAAAUGAUAAUAAACCAUGAUUCUUUACUUUUCGUUGACAUCUCUUGGUGUUAGGAGUGAAAUGAUAUAUUUCAGAAUCAUUCAAAAGCUUUUACAGUUGUGUUUGGAGCUGUGUGUGUGUCUGUUGUGAUCAAAUGUCUUACUUUCAAAUAAAUAUAAAAGAAAAAAGA